AUGCCGAUUGGAAAAAUAGAACCUUUUAAUAUCGAAAGCCAAAAUUGGGACAGUUUCAUUCGUCGCGUAAAACAAUUUAUAUUGUUAAAUAGUAUCGAUGACAAGCUAAAAGUAGCUACGCUUUUGACGUUAGUGGGUUCCGAGUGCUAUAAUCUUAUUUGUGAUUUGUGUUCACCCGCGGAACCGGAAACAAAGAAGUUCGAAGAAUUGGUUACACUUGUCAAAAAUCAUUUGGAGCCGGAGAGAUCUGAAAUAGCGGAGCGACACAUUUUCCGGCAGCGGACGCAACAGCAGGGAGAAAGUAUCCGUGUUUACCUACAUGGCUUAAAACACUUGGCUAAAACCUGCAACUUCGGUAAUACUCUGGAAGAAAACCUUCGCGAUCAGUUCGUGUCGGGUUUAUAUAGCGAAGAGAUGCGGUCAAGAUUGUUUGCCGAAAAGAGUAUAAACUACAAAAGAGCUGUGGAGUUGGCCACGGCGCUCGAGGCAGCUGAGCGGCAUGCGAGCACGGCAUGCGCAUCGGGCGGCGCGAGCGCUGGCGGAGCUGGCGGGACCGGCGCAGCGGCGGCCGGCGGCGAGGGCGGCCUGCACCGGUUCGGCAGCGGCGGAGCGCGCGCACGAUCUGCUGCGGCUCCCGUGCCUAUGACGGUGACGUCACAGCGUCGGCUUUGUGCGCGUUGCGGUAAGACCGGUCACAUAGCCGGUAAGUGUCGUUUUAAAAAUUAUACAUGUGAUGCGUGUGGCCAGAAGGGCCAUUUAAAAGUAAUGUGUCAAGGUAAAAAUGAACUUAAGAGUGCAAAGGAGAACAAAGGUCAGUACUUUUUAAAUGAUUCGGACUCAAAUGAUGACUGUAAUUUUUUUAACUUGAUUACAAGUAAUGACGGUGACGGACCGUACUAUGCGAAUUUAGUAGUAGAAAAAGUGACAUGUAAAUUUGAAAUUGACACGGGCAGUAAAAUAUCGGCUAUUUCGAAACAUUUUUAUGAUAAACAUUUUAAACAUGUACCUAUUCAAACUAAGUUGUUAUGUCUGAGAUCAUAUACUGGCGACGUUAUCGAGACCAUCGGUUAUAUUGUGGUAAUGGUUAUCUGUGGUUCAAAGUCCGCGAUGCUUAAGUUAUUUAUUAUUGAAAACGGCGGUCCACCUUUAAUGGGCCGUACGUGGAUUAAGAAAUUGAAAAUAGAAAUUGUUGAAUGUCACAAUAUUAGCGACUCGGAGUCGGUAGCAAAAGCUUUGAGAGACGAAUUCCCUGAAGUGUUUGCAGAAGGUUUAGGUACAUUCAAGUCACCUGUAUCGCUGCACCUCAAGGUUGAAACUCCUGUGUUUGUGAAAGCGCGGCCGCUGCCAUUGGCACUGCGCCCGCGAGUCGAAAGCGAACUCAAACGAUUAGAAUACGAAGGGGUUAUUUACAAAGUCGAAAGGUCAGAAUACGGUACGCCUAUUGUCCCUGUUCUUAAGUCCAAUGGCUCAAUCAGGAUAUGUGGGGAUUAUAAAAUAACCAUAAAUCCGAUUUUAAAAGAUUUUCAUUAUCCUUUACCGCGGAUUGAAGAACUUUUUGCGACCUUGGGGGGCGGCGAACAGUACACAAAGCUUGAUUUAUCAAAUGCGUUCCAACAAUGUUUAUUGGAUAAAAAAUCACAGCCGCUGACAGCAAUUACCACUCAUAUCGGGACGUUCAUUUACAAAAGAGUACCUUUUGGAAUAAAAUGUAUUCCUGAAAAUUUUCAAAAGAUUAUGGAGGAAACAUUGAGUGGUUUGCCUUCAACGGCUGUAUUUGCAGAUGACAUAUGUGUAACUGGAAAGGAUAAAACUACCCAUUUAGCAAAUUUGAGAGCAGUGUUAGAAAGGUUAAAACAAAAUGGAUUAAGAAUUAAUUUCAAUAAAUUAUUGGCACACUACGAUCCUACUCUGCCGUUGGUGUUAUCAGUGGACAGCAGCGCAUACGGACUGGGCGCCGUGCUCGCUCAGAGGUACGCAGACGGCAGUGAGCGACCCGUGUGCUGCGCGUCGCGUACACUUAACGCCGCCGAGCAAAAUUACUCGCAGCUGGACAAGGAGGCACUCGCAAUUGUGUUCGGUGUGCGCAAGCACCACCAAUAUUUAUACGGGCGACAGUUUAUUUUACGUAGUGAUCAUCGUCCAUUGAGUUACAUCUUAGGGCCGAAUAAAGGAAUACCUGUGACAGCCGCAAGUAGACUACAGCGUUAUGCCGUUCAGCUAUCUGCUUAUAAUUUUAAAAUCGAAUUUAUUAAAUCAGUUCAAAAUUGUCACGCCGAUGCGCUUUCUCGUCUUCCUCUGAAUCCUACUAGAAACAGAGUCAAAUGUGAGGACAGCGACUGUAGUUACCUUAAUUUUGUGCAAGAAAAUUUUCCACUUAGUUUUAAAGACAUUAAAAUUGAGACGGCAAAGGAUUCUUUAUUGAGUAAAAUAUAUGGUUACGUAAUGUUCGGGUGGCCAAAAACUAGUAAUAUUGAAACUGAAAAAGCAUAUUUUAAUCGUAAGGAAAAUAUUUGUGUGGAUCAAGGUUGCCUAAUUUGGGGUUACCGGGUAAUAAUUCCCAAAUCAUUACGAUUGUCAAUUUUGAAAGAAAUUCACGACGGCCACCCAGGCAUCGUAAAAAUGAAGCAAAUAGCGCGAAAUUAUGUCUGGUGGGAAACAUUAGACGUUGAUAUCGAGCGAACAGUACAGGAAUGCGUCGCAUGCCGGUCGCAGCGCUCAGCUCCCGCCCCGGCUCCCCUGCACUCCUGGCCGUGGCCGGAGGAACCAUGGGCUCGAUUAAAUUUAGACUUUUUAGGGCCAUUUAAUAAUAAGUAUUAUUUAGUUAUUGUCGAUGCUUAUACAAAAUGGAUCGAGGUUGACCAUGUUUCUGGUACUAGAUUGUUUACGAAAAAAAUUUGCGCGUUUUGGCUUACCUAA